UGGUGCGUGGGCUCCGGCUGGGGCCUCAUUCUUCCCGGAGAGCUUCUGGGCUGCUCCUGCGCGCUCUCCCUCUCCUUUGAGGCCGCGGCUCUUCCCCGGCUUCUCGACGUCACCCCUCGUUCUGUGCCCCAUGCAGGUGGGGGCGCCAUGAAUCUCCAGUAUCCCAGCCCGGUGCAGAUCGUCUUGGUGCACAAAGAUCAACAUUCUUUUGAACUGGAUGAGACCGCCUUGUCCCGAGUCCUUUUACAAGACCACGUAAGGGACCUCGAUGUAGUAGUGGUGUCCGUGGCCGGAGCCUUCCGCAAGGGCAAAUCCUUUUUACUGGACUUCAUGCUUCGCUUCCUCUAUUCCCAGAAGAUAGGCGGCAGAAUAGAAUGGCUGGGCAACGAGAAUGAGCCGCUGACAGGGUUUUCGUGGCGAGGGGGCUCGGACCCGGACACCACUGGGAUUCAGAUCUGGAGCGAGGUUUUCAUCGUGAAGAAGCCUAGUGGGAAGAAGGUUGCAGUUGUUUUGAUGGAUACCCAAGGUGCCUUUGACUGCCAUUCAACAGUGAAGGAUUGUGCCACUAUAUUUGCCCUUAGUACCAUGACUAGUUCUGUCCAGAUUUAUAACUUGUCCCAGAACAUCCAGGAGGAUGAUCUCCAACAGUUACAGCUCUUCACGGAAUAUGGUCGUCUGGCAUUGGAUGAAAUUUUCCAGAAGCCCUUCCAGACGCUGAUGUUUCUGAUCCGAGACUGGAGUUUUCCUUAUGAGUACAACUACGGCCUCAAGGGGGGAAUGCAGUUUCUGGAAAAGCGCUUGCAGGUGAAGGAGCAGCAACACGAGGAGAUCCAGAACGUCCGCAAUCACAUCCGCUCGUGCUUUAGCCGCGUCACCUGCUUCCUCCUCCCGCACCCCGGCCUCCUGGUGGCCACCAACCCCACCUUCGACGGGAAGCUGAAAGACAUCGCUCCUGAAUUCAAAGAACAGUUACAGGAGCUGAUUCCGUUUGUGCUGGAUGAGAAUAACUUGAUGGAAAAGGAGAUUAAUGGUUCCAAAAUCACCUGCCGUGGCCUGUUAGAGUACUUUAAGGCCUACAUCAAGAUUUACCAAGGAGAAGACCUGCCUCACCCCAAAUCCAUGCUGCAGGCCACAGCGGAAGCCAACAAUCUCGCGGCUGCGGCAUCUGCCAAGGACAUGUAUUAUAACAACAUGCAGAAGGUCUGUGGAGGGGAGCAGCCAUACCUGGCGGCCGAGAGCCUGCAAGAGAGGCACGAUGAAUUCAAGAAGCAGGCCCUGGAGCAUUUCCAGAAGAGCAAGAAGAUGGGGGGCAAAGACUUCAGCCGGCGCUACCAGAACGAGCUGGAGAGGGAGAUCCAGUCGCUGUACGUGCACUUCGUCAAGCACAACAGCAGCAAGAACGUCUUCAGCUCCUUCCGCACGCCAGCUGUGCUGUUCAGCUUCAUUGUGUUGCUCUACGUGGGUUCGGGCUUCACUGGCUUCCUCGGCCUUGGCAGCAUCACCCAGCUCUGCAACUUGCUGUUGGGCCUACUGCUCCUGGCCCUGGUGGCUUGGGGCUAUGUGCGCUACUCAGGCCAGUACAGUGCGCUGGGCGGCGCCAUCGACUCCAGCGCUGCCUUCGUCCUUCAGCAGGCCACCUCUUGCAUGGCGGAUGCCAUUCCUGAUGGCGAGAACGAUGAGGAGGUGCGCCCGAGACCACCCGAGGACAAGAAGAGCCAGUAGAGGUGGAGACGUGGCCCGAGCACAGCAGGACCGCCACGACUCUCUAUGGCAGCCAGACCCCACUUGCCACCCUGGAAGAAGACUCGAAAUUCAGUGCUGUAAUAAACGGAGCAGACGUUUGCCUGUGGCCUAAACCCACCUCCAGGCCUGUUGGGAGCCUUUCUUUCCUUUCCAGUAGAGGUCCCAGCCCUCGUCUUGUUUUCAUGUUAUUCCACUUUCCUCAUGGCACUUUAGGGGGCUGGGGGUGGGGGAGAGCAGCUUGAAAAGCCCUUUGUACCACACAGUGCCUUCUCAGGCUGGACUCCCUGGGAGCAAUGCCCCGUCCCAAAGACUUUUCUCUGAGAGAGUUUGAAAGUGGGUGCCACGGAACGCUGUGAGACUCUGCCCGGCCAGCUGCUGGGGCCCUGCUCCGGAGGGCACACCCAGACCUUCCUCAGGGGUGGGGAGGCAGAGCCUCACCACCAGCUCUCCUGUAGCCUAGAGCACCCCGGAUCUGGCCACGGGAAUGUGGGCCAGCCGCUGGCGGAAUGAAGAAAUCCUCUGACGUUUCACCUGAGCUUGUGCCUUGGUCAAAUUGACUGUCUCAUGUAGUUGAGAUAGGAGCUUUGGUUCUAAGUUUUAAAUUUUAUUUGAAAAUAACUGCAUUCUCACAGAAGCUGCAUCAGAGCAGGCCUUUCUAAAGGACCUGGCGGAGAAUCUUAGCAAGUCGAGCCCCCUUCCGACGGUGCCUUGGCGGUUGGAGGCUCAGUGGGCAUUCAUUCCACUGUGUCCCUGGGACCAAGCAGCUGCUCUCUACACCCCUCCCCCCCAUCCCUGCUCCCAUUCCCUCCUGGCCCUGUGGAAGAAUGUAAUUCUGGGAGACCACAGGGAUUUGGACUCCUUUGGCCCUUCCUCCUUGGAGAGUGGCAAGUUGCCUUUCAAAGAGGUCCCGGGGCCCCGAGUCCACGAGAAGAUGGGCUGUGGCUGGCAUCACCAAGCAUUCCAUCUGACGUGGGGGACAGGAAAUAUUUGGGAUCUGAUUAGUUGUCUUUCUCCACUUUAUUAUACUAGAUUUGAAAAUGCUGGCUUUCUCUGAGGUGCCUCUGUGUAAUUAGACCCACCUCCACAAGUCUUGAUUUUCUAAAAUUGUGUUGGAUUUUGGGCUACUUGGAAAAAUGAGAUACUGUUCUAUGCACGUUCAGGCAGAAGGAGUCUUUGGUCACCUGGUUCUGUCUAGAUUUCUGAAUCCUGGCUCUCAGGGUUUUGUCCUCUCUUAAGGCCUGGAUUAAUUCCAAGUAUUUUGAUAUCUUCCAAAAUCAAAUGUGCUGACCCAUGUAGAGUGCUUUGUAAAUGGUAACUGUUCUGGUGGCCUUGCGUCUUAGCUUACCAUCUCAGGGUUUAGUUUAUGCAUUUGGAGUCAGUUGGCAUGAAAAUAGGGAGAUGCCAGGCUGUUUUCAGAAUUCAUCUACUGGCCUUAUCAGCACUCUCCAGCCUCUGUUUUUAAUAAAGGGACUGGAAAUUGGCAGCUUCUGAAAUCUGCUGGCAUUUUCCGGGAGCCCCUCUGGGCAAACUGCCCUCAUGCAGACACCCUGACCUUCCGGUUUGUUAUAAUUUGAGAGAAGCUUUGCAUCUUGAUGUAGUCUGCAAUCAGAUUUGUGGGUUCCUCAUCCCCCAGACCAGUCCUCAGGCCCUGAAGUGAAAGGAAAGUCUUGUAUUCAUUUGAUCUUUGAUGCAGUGUGUGAUACAGCAGAACCCUGAGAAGUCAUCAUUUAUUAAGUUAAGGAGGGGGAUCAAGUGUCCGGCUUCCACUUGGGUCUGCCUUUACUUUUGUAGAGUCUGUCUCUUAGCUUGGCCGGCUUGGGCAGAGUCCAUAUAAGUGUCUGGUCUCCCCCAUGAGGAGGUGGACUCGUUAUUUGACAUUUGAAUCUUUUUUGCAUUCUCCCAGCUUGGGGUGGAUGGUGGACCAGUUGUUUCUUAUCAGAGAGGUGGGUGGGCCAGAAGCAGAAGGCCUUGAUGCUCAGGGCAGGCCUUUGCUGGCCUUUUCACACACAUGUCCUUCAGCACAUUCCUUUGAUAGGUUAUUAAGCACAAAUGGAGAUGGGACAGUCAGGAAAAGGCCAUCUCUCCUAGUGAGAGUGUUCUUUAAUGCUGACAUCACCUCUCGUCUAAAAAUCAAGAGAAAUUAAAAUUAAGUUGUGCCGGACACAGGGCCACGAGGCCCACUCAGUUUGGGGAGAGGGGACUAGGGUGGGAAUCGUGAUCAUGUCCUGGGAACCGUGGCCUGGUUUAGUGGACAAGUUAGAGCUGUUGGUCUGGACCGUGGGGCCUGCGAUGUUAUUACUGACUUUGCACUUUGUAAGAUUGCCUCCAUGUUUUUGUCCGUCUCCUUUUUUUCUUUCUCUUUCACAGAAAAUAAAAUGCUUUUAGCAGAGAAACAAGCAAAGGUGCCCCUGCCCGGCGGGCUCGGCUGUGCUUAGCAUGUGGCCGUGCUUGGUUAACCCUGAACAGAGGCCGGCACAUCAGGUGCUUGUUUUCUCUUGGACACACAUUCCCACGAACUCACAGAAGUGACCAUUCAGGUGGAAGCAAGGAGAUGUAUUCUUGGAUUUUAAAAUGUUUUUUAAAGACUCUUUUGAAUUAAUGUCGUUGGUAGCAUAUAGAGCACUCUGUUUAGGUAUCUGCUGGCAGAAAAGUAGUAACAAAAAGCCAAAAAGAAGCUCCAUGGGCUGGUCCUUGAGGGAACCGAUCUCUGGUUAAGUGGUGCUUCCUGCCUCAGACUCUGGCUCUGUGGCUGCCUUGAAUCCCACAGGGCCAUUAAUAGACCACUGGAGCUUCACAUUUCGAAACAGGAACUUUUUGUUUGACUUUGAAAGUCAUCUGGGAAGCCGGAGGCGAGGUCUUCAGGUCACCUAGUCUAGGGACCCAAGAAGAGAGAACUUUGAUUAGAAAAGGUGUCCUAGUGCCAAAUAGGAUUGAUUGGUAACCAGCUUGGGAGAUUGGCAGCCCUGCUGCAACACCUCCUAGGUGGCCUGGGCUGCACUGUCCUGAGGAGGUCAAAUGUGCUGGCAUCCUGUGUCCAGUCACUGACUGAUGGCAACAGAACUGGGAAGUUGAUUAAAAUCAGCCCAGACUACUAUUUUUUUUUUUUAAUUAGAAAACAAUCUGAAUUCUCUUUCUCCAAUCACUAAAACACUGAAAAUAUCUCUCCAGAUCCAAAAUAGAGAUGAGAUUUCCAGAAUCAGGGGUAAGAGGGUCCCCACAUCUUGUGGCCUGGCUUGGUUAUUGUGGCUCCUGGGAGCUGGACCUGCCAGCCAUGUAGCUCUGAGGGUGGCAAGACUAUGAAAAAAACAUUCCUUUCUUGACUAAGAUUACUGUUUUGUGACAACCCAUGUGGGAAUUCCAUGUGCCAAAGCAAAGAAUGCGCUUCAUCUAGUUCCCAAAGAUUCCUGACUUAGGCUUGGGCAGAAGGGCUUGCUGGUCACCCACCAGUCCCCAAGGGGCUUCCGCUCAGACCCCUGUUGUGUUUGUAUUGUGGAGCUGUUGGUCAAGCACCGACUCCCACCCAGCUGUUUGUCUGUUUUUUCAUUUGUUAGCCUGGAAAAGUGCAAUCAGAUGAGUGUAUCCAUCCACCCAUCCGCUGGACUCUUAACAAAGCGUGCGCGUCUCUGUAUCACAUACACCAAGAGUUGUGAGAUUAUGUAAUGGAAUAAAGACCACACCAUGACUUCAAA